AUGCAAUUCCACUUCCUUCUCGCUUCCAUGCUCGCUUUGGGAACCACAACCCUCGCACAAUCACCUAUGAGCGGUAUCGCGAGCUCGCAGAGCACUCAGAGCCCGACUCUUGCGCCUUCGACGCGUGGUCCAACUACGCCUGUUCCCACUCUUCGCAAAAUGCAGUCCGCCACGCCGAGCUCCUCUGCAACCCCUGGUGCCGGGCCUGGGGGUAUGAUGGUGGAUGUUGGAAGGAAAGCGAUCUUGUAUAUUCCGGAUGUGUGA